AGAAACUUGGGGGAGGAGCUUGAGCGCCAGCCGCUGUCCCAGUUCUGCCAGCAAUCGAAUCUAAGUGUCUGGUUAUUACCAUACCGCAGUACGUGCCUGGGCCACGGUACUACAGUGUCCGGUCGCUCGCUUGCCGGGCAGAAGUAGCUGCGCGCGCGAUCGGCAGCACGGAAUGGAAGCGGAGAACGCAGGCAGGGGAUCUUUGUGACGAGAAGAUUAAAUACUGAAGCUGUUCCCUUCAGCAAGCGCAAGCUUUUUAUACAUUUCCAUUCCAACAAAUGAUGGCUGAAGUGCCUAUGGCAGUUAUGAAUGAACAAGAAAUGCCAGAAGAAGUUCCAGCCCCAGCUCCUGCUCAGGAACCCACACAAGAGACUCCAAGAGGAAGGAAAAGAAAACCCAGAACAACAGAACCAAAAACACCAGUGGAACCCAAAAAACCCGCUGAAACCAAAAAAUCUGGCAAGUCCACAAAAUCAAAAGAAAAGCAAGAAAAAAUUACAGACACAUUUAAAGUGAAAAGAAAAGUAGACCGGUUCAAUGGUGUUUCAGAAGCUGAACUUUUGACCAAGACUCUACCGGACAUUUUGACCUUCAAUCUGGACAUUGUGAUUAUUGGCAUAAACCCAGGACUAAUGGCUGCUUACAAAGGGCAUCAUUACCCUGGACCUGGAAACCAUUUUUGGAAGUGUCUGUUUAUGUCAGGGCUGAGUGAGGUCCAACUGAAUCACAUGGAUGAUCACACUUUACCAGGAAAAUAUGGUAUUGGAUUCACCAAUAUGGUGGAAAGGACGACACCAGGAAGCAAGGAUAUUUCCAGUAAAGAAUUUCGUGAAGGAGGACGUAUUCUAGUGCAGAAAUUACAGAAAUAUCAGCCACGAAUAGCAGUGUUUAAUGGAAAAUGUAUUUAUGACAUUUUUAGUAAGGAAGUUUUUGGAGUAAAAGUUAAGAACUUAGAAUUUGGACUUCAACCGCAUAAGAUCCCAGACACAGAAACUCUCUGCUAUGUUAUGCCAUCAUCCAGUGCAAGAUGUGCUCAGUUUCCUCGAGCCCAGGACAAAGUUCAUUACUACAUUAAGCUGAAAGACUUAAGAGAUCAGUUGAAAGGCAUUGAGCGAAACACAGAAGUCCAAGAGGUGCAAUAUACAUUUGACCUGCGGCUAGCCCAAGAGGAUGCAAAGAAGAUGGCAGUGAAGGAAGAAAAGUAUGAUCCGGGUUAUGAAGCAGCAUACGGUGGUGCUUAUAGUGAAAAUCCGUGCAGUAGUGAACUUUGCGGCUUCUCUUCAGAUGGGCUGACAGCUGACAGUGGAGGAUCAACUUUCAGUGACAUUCCAAAUGGGCAGUGGAUGACCCAGUCAUUUACAGACCAGAUUCCUUCCUUUAAUAAUCACUGUGGGAUGCAAGAACAGGAAGAAGGAAACCAUGCUUAAGAAUGGUGUUUCUCAGCCCUGCUUAAAUGCUGCAGUUUUAAUGCAGUUGUCAAGAAGUGGCCCUCUUGACACCACCUCAAAGUGGUUUGUUAACUGAAGUAUUUUAUUCAUAUUUUACUCUGGUGAUGUAAUCAUGGUACAGUAGAACUACUUACGGACAUAAGUACUUUGGAAGGAGAAAGUAGAGUUUUUUGUGUAUGAGUUUUUGUAUUGGAAUUAAUCUUCAUUCCAGCUUUUUAUAAACUAUCUUUCAUUUAUGAAGAAAUUGGGGCCUCCCUGGUGGCGCAAGUGGUUGAGAGUCCGCCUGCCGAUGCAGGGGAUACGGGUUCGUGCCCCGGUCUGGGAGGAUCCCAUAUGCCGCGGAGCGGCUGGGCCCGUGAGCCAUGGCCGCUGAGCCUGCGCGUCCGGAGCCUGCGCUCCGCAACGGGGGAGGCCACAACAGUGAGAGGCCCGCAUACCACAAAAAAAAAAAAAAAAAAAAAAAAAAGAAAUUGAUUUUCUUUCGGGAGUCACUUUUAACCUGUAAUUUAAAAAUGAAAGAGUCUGCAUAUUUACACUUGAUUAUUAACUGUGCAUAAACUUAGACGCACCGUUAUCCCUUUCCUGCGUAAGAAGGGCAUGCUGAUGAUAAGAUUCCCACUGGUAAAGAGGCAAAUGUGCUGAUUUUCAUCUGUGAGGGUUGGUAGUUUUUAGUGGUGUCUGAUGGGCUUCCUGAGUUCUAUUCACACUCAGACCUCAAUGCUUUACCAGGGGUGAGCAUUUGUGACAGUUGCUUGGUAGUAGAAAUGGAGAGUAUGGCCUUGCAGCAGCAAGGCUAACCCGGCCUUACAUGUCAGGGCCAUGAGCCCUGGCUUUGGCCCUCUCACCCCCAUGUGUUGGUCCUCUAGUAGGCAGAAACUAUUCUGCUGGGAUGGUUAAGUUCCAGAGAGUGCAGAAGAGCUUUUAAAUUUUGCUACUUCAUCUGUGUUUUACUUGAGAGACAUACAUUUGAUAGGGAAGGAACUGAAUGUCUCUCUCAGUAUCUAUCACCAAAUUUUAUCCUCCUUGGCUUUAAGCAUGUAACAUGGAAAUGAUGAGAAAUGAACUUUCAGACUGAGUAACAAGAUGCUGGAGGUGUUUGAUAAUCUUAUUUAAACUGGUGCUUUAUGUACAUGAGAUGUACUAAAAUAAAUAAUACAGGAUUUUUCUUGCUAGGUAAAUUGAAUAAGCCAGUAAUUUAAAAAAAUUAUUUCUCUUCAUCAUUGCUAUUUGUUACUAUGGACUAAGUGAACCUCAUGGCCAGGUUAUUUUGAGGUAAUGUACCUUUGUGAUUUUCUAAUGCAUUUUCCAUGGUGCUACAAAUAGUCCAGACUACUAGGCCUGGUGGAUAUCAAAGCUGGGUAUUCAGAAAUGCCAGUUGCAUUUACUCCUGAUCACUUCGGAAUAUUCUGAUUUUAUACCUACCCAGGGAGCAUGCUGUUUCUUGAUAUGAAAAUAUUUAUGAGGUUUUGUUUUUUUUCUAAAAGGUUAUGUAGCCUGUUUUUUUUGUAAUAAGAGAUACAAAUUAUUGUUGUGAAUCUUACCAUACUUUUGUAGCUGUAGCUAUGAUGGAUUUUAUUUUUCCUUUAGUCUAGGUAAAGCUGUGUAAAAGUCAUUCGUGUUAUUUAAAUCACGUUCUGUACUGCUGUUUACAUGGAUGUUUUGUGCAGGUGCUUUGAAGUGCCUUGCAUCAGGGAUUAGGAACAAUUUAAUUAUUUUUUCCUGGGACUCUGUAAAGCAUGUAACUAGGUAUUGCUUUGGUUUUUAACAAGUACAGCCUUACGUAGAUUUUUUUUUUGAGUGGAGAAAAUACCUUUUAAAUUAUGAUGGACACGCACUAGAGAAUGAGUUUGAAGAUUUUUUUCAAGCAUACAAUAAUGGUGUUUUUCAUUAAAUAUGACAGAUGAACAGUAAAUGUUGAUAUACCCUAUACACAACAAUAUGAGACUUUUUCAUUAAAUAAUAUUU